UCUGCUGGUACGUUUCUUAUCCAUUAAUUCAUAGAGAAGUUCCUUAGUUCAUCUCUUGCAGAAACAUCUCAUUGGAGAGGAGGGGUCCGCAAAUAUUCUUGACAUUCAACUCCAACACCAUAGCUUUUCUCGUCUCCUGAGUGCAGUGGUUUUUCCUGAAGUAAACAUGCAGCACAGUGAAAGAGAAGACGUCUCAGAAGACAUCUCCAUCACCGUUAUUGAUUCAGAGUUAGAAUGCAGCAUCUUUAGAAUACACAACCUACUGCGGAAGGUAAAUGAGAGUGCUUAUGAACCAGAGAUCAUAGCAAUAGGACCAUAUCAUCACGGAAAACGUGAUCUCAUGAAUAUGGAGGGACACAAGGAGCAGUAUCAGAAAUUACUUCUUGGUCAAAAUAUUAAAAAAUAUGUUGAAGCAGUGGGGCCACUGAAGGAAAAAGCACAAAAAUGCUAUGCAAAGCCCAUUAACCCUUCACCACAAGAUUUUGUCAAUAUGAUGGUGUUAGAUGGCUGUUUUAUCAUACAAUUAUUACUUCACUUCAACAGACAGAAUGUGAGAGACAACAAUGAUCCUAUUUUCAAACAGGAUUGGAUUCUGAACAGUUUACAGCGCGAUUUAAUGUUAUUGGAGAACCAGCUUCCUUUCUUCAUUCUCUGCAAAUUGUAUGAAACACUUGAGCUUCCAAACGAAGGAGGUGGAUUGAUUAGUCUUGCCUUGAACUUUUUCAUUGAUCUUUUACCAGUUCAAGUGUCAGCAAACAAAAAUGGAAAUGCACUGGACAACAUCAGACAUUUACUUGACGAAAACAGAAAUCCACUGGAUGACAUCAGACAUUUGCUUGACUUGAUUCACAGAUUUUGGUCGACUUCAAAACUCAAGCCUCAAAAUGAUGUGGAAAGGAGUACAGGAGAGUACGAGUCGAUCCGUUGUUCCACACAACUUGCAGAGGCUGGAAUCAAGUUAGAGAAAUUCAACCGAAAAGACAUAUUUGACAUACAAUUCAACAAUGGUUCACUGCAGAUCCCAACGUUGGUCAUUGAAGACCGGACAGAAUCUUUCCUCCGAAACCUCAUUGCCUAUGAGCAAUAUCGUGGGGGUGGAGGUGAUCAAAUCAACAUUGUGACAGACUAUGUGACAUUCUUGGGUUGCCUCAUCAAGUCUGAAAAGGAUGUAACAAAACUCUCCCACCAUGGAAUCAUUCGUAACCUUGUUGGUGAGGAUGAAGUCAUCUCUCAAAUGUUGAACAAAUUGACUGUCUGCAUCAUUGGGCCAAGUAGAAACUUCCAUUACGCUGAGAUAUUCGGAAGACUUAACAUCCAUUGCAACAGAAUUGUGAAUCGAUGGAUGGCUAAGUUAAAGAGAAAUUAUUGCAACAGUCCUUGGAAAAUAAUUUCGAUUAUUGUUGCCUGUCUUCUGCUGAUACUUACUUUGUUACAGACUAUAUUUUCGAUUUUAUCUUGGAAGAAGCAAUAGUUUGACAAAGGCCAACUGUUAGUUUGUCGAAGACUAUGUAACAAGACAUUUGAGUUUCUGUCCUGUUGCAACUUGCGAGCUUUGGAUCAAGGACCAUUGAUUUUCAAUGUUGUACUUCUAUAUUAUAUGGAACUGUGCUUUUACCUUGUCAACUUA